GUAGGGGGGGCUGGCCGAGGCUCGACGCGGGACGGCGGUGCUCCUGGAUUUGCCCCCGCUGGCACGGAUCUAGUGUCGGGCGUGAAUAUGGAAUGAGAAGGGAAGGCGACUGGACAUGGGCCGGCGUUGAAAACAGCUUCAACUUCCUCGGCUGGCGGCUCGGUUCGGACAUGGAUGAGUUCCAUCCGUUCAUCGAGGCCUUGUUGCCGCAGGUGCGUGCCUUCGCCUACACGUGGUUCAACCUGCAGGCCAGGAAGAGGAAGUACUUCAAGAAGCACGAGAAGAGGAUGACCAAAGAAGAAGAGAGGGCCGUCAAGGAGGAACUCCUGGGGGAGAAGGCCGAGGUUAAGCAAAAGUGGGCCUCGCGCCUCCUGGCCAAACUACGCAAGGACAUCCGACCGGAAUGCCGGGAGGACUUUGUCAUGUCGCUGACGGGCAAAAAGGGGGCCUGCUGCGUCCUGUCCAAUCCGGACCAGAAAGGCAAAAUGCGACGCAUCGACUGCCUGAGGCAGGCGGACAAGGUGUGGAGGCUGGACCUGGUGAUGGUGAUCCUGUUCAAGGGGAUCCCGCUGGAGAGCACCGACGGCGAGCGACUGGUCAAGGGCGCCCACUGCGCCAACCCGCUGCUCUGCGUGCAGCCACAACACAUCUCCGUCUCCGUCAAGGAGCUGGACCUCUACUUGGCCUACUACGUGCACCGCAGAGAGUCCGAAGAGAGUGGAAGCCCCGGCCGGACGGUGGCCGAUCAGGAGGACGGUCGCGCGCCCACCACGGACGGUCCCGAGUUCCGUGACGCAUUCGUGACGUCGGGAGUUUUCAGCGUCACCGAGCUGGUGCAGGUGUCUAGGACUCCCGUGGUCUCGGGGGCGGGGCCGAGUUUCUCCAUCGGGGAACUUCAAGGCCACCUGGCGUACGAUCUCAACCAAACGCUCCUGCAGCCCAUCAACAUGCGACGCACCCUCGCCAGCACCUCAUCCAGCGGGAGCAAGCGGCACAAGUCCGGCUCGGUGGAAGAAGAGGUGGGCAGCCCUGGCGGCGACUAUUACCACUCACCGUCCUCUCCGGCCAGCGGCUCCAGAAACUGGGCGGACGACAUGGAAGAAGGCGCGUCUCCUCCGGCGAAGAAGGCCGAGCUGGACGGCAGCCCUUCGGCCCGGGAGGACUCGCCCAGGCUGGGCUCCUUCACCCAGCAUCAUCGACCCGUCAUCGCCGUGCACAGCGGUCUGCCCCGUCCUCACCCGUCGCCGUCUUUGCACUUCCCGUCUUCGUCCUACUUCCCGCACGGAGCCAUCCGCUACCCUCCGCAUCUGGGACAGGACCCCAUUAAAGACCUGGUCUCAUUGGCCUGCGACCCCGCCAAUCAGAGCUCGGUGAGGUUUUGGGGUUAUUCCAGGUCACUUCCACUUUUACUCACAAAUUUGGGUUUGCAACUUUUGCGUUUGCAGCUAAACGGCAGCAACCAGCUGAAGGUGAGCAGCCAUUACCUCUCCUCUCAGAUGCUGGCCCCCGCCCUGGGGCCGCCCCCGUCCCCGCUGCCUCGGCCCACUCUGCCGGCGGACGUCAAGCCCCCCAGCACGUCCUCCGACGGAGCCGCCAACUCCCCCGCGUCGCCCACGUACUCGGCCCCCGGCACCCCCGGGACCCCGCCUGGCAGUCGCUCCUCCUUUGUGGGCGUCGCGUCUCGAGACCCUGCUGGACUCUACCAAGCCCAGUCUUGGUAUCUGGGCAACUGAAACACUACUCCAAACGGCUCUGAAGAUUGGUCGCCUGAAGGAUUUCCCGGAAAGGACUUCAAUCAAGCCUUUAACCCCGCCCCCUUGCAGGUGCUGCUUAUCAUAUAUGCAAAUAAGCCUCGCUUUUUUUUUCUGACUCACCUCAAGACUCCAACGAGAGAGCGAGAGAGAGACGCCGUCUUUUCUUUCAAACUUUUUUGCACUUUUUUCCCCGCCUCUCCAUCGCCCCACAAAAAAAAAACGAAAGGAAGGAAAGAAGAAGAACGGAAAAGACUGAGUGACAAUCACCCUUGGCGUGGAAACGUUUAGUCGCUCUUAGCUCGUUGGCUGCCAUUGCCGGUGAUAGACGCACAGUCAUUUUGGCGUUUUAAAUGAACAGCUUAUUGCUAAUUUCUAUUUUAUAAAUAUUUAAACUUUUUUUUAAAAAAUCAACGUUAGGGUGUUAUUAGUAGCCAUAAACAGUUUAUUUCUGUAUUUCUUCAUUUUUAAAUGACACCUAUCAACACGAAGUUACCCAUAAAUACCCCAAAUUGACAGGAAGUGCCCCAAAGUCAAUAAAAAGUGACGGGAAAAACAGGAAGUCACCCAGAAAUGACAUGGAAAUGCUCCUAGAAUUAGCAGGAAUUGACCCAAAAUGCCACAAAACAUAUGUAAUGACCCAAAAUGAACAGAGAGUCCCUGGAUAAACAGGAAGUGACCCAGAUUUGCCCUAUAAUCAACAGGAAGUGACCCAAUAUAAACAAGAAUGGACAUAGAAAUGACCCUAUAAUUAGCUGGACGUGACCAAAACGCAACAAAACUCAUAUGAAGUGACCCAAAAUGAAUAAGAAGACAAGAAAUAGCUGUAGCCAUGUGUCUACAUGACGGCCAUCUUGGUGGGGGCAACAACACUGUAAUGUCAAGUUUAUAGAAACUAAUUUCUUGGCUAUUUAAAAAAAAAAAAAAAAAAGUCAUACUUUUACUUUACCGGCUCCUCAAUGCCGACCCCCAUAUUGAAUAUUUGAUUAUUAAUAAUUAAUUAAUCAUAAUUAAUAAAAGUUAUAGUGUUAGCACUCCCAGUCCAAAUGGAUUGGACCUCUCUCGCUGUCAAUGGCUGCCAAUGAGUAAAUGGCAUAAAAAAAAUGCCUGAGCAAAACGAAGGAAUGUGCUUUUUACCCCCUUCCUUUUGACCUUACAGCCACCCUAACAGAAUUUUAUUAUUAUUAUUAUUAAUUUUUUUCACGGUCUAUUUUGCACGAAAUGUCCGAAACACAGAAUGUGCCUUGCCUUCAUUUUGACGACAAGAAAAAUAACAAACAGAACUUUGAACGGUACCCUUUGGAGGAAAAAAAAAAACCGAAACCAAAAAAGUUGCAUGCUGGAUUGCGUUACGCUACGUAGCCGACGCUAGCGGGUUAGCGCUUUUGCGUAGGACGCGUCCGAAGGCUCAUAUAUAGGCAAAAUUUUGAGUUUAACUCAAUGGCUGUCGUUGAACAAACUCUCACUUCAGAAACUUUCCCCCCUAAGUUUUUAAUUGAUAUGGACAAAACUUGUGAAUCAUAAUCUAAACAUUUUGUGGUCAAAUUUUUGCAAAUUUGCUUCCCAAAUUACUUUUGACAAUAAUUUAUCCUAUUUUAAUAUUCUAUUAAGGUUAGGUGAGUUACAGUUAACUCUGAUAUUACGUUUUUUUAAAUUGCGUAUUAACUCCUGGUGAGUUAAUAUGGAUUCAUAUUUCAUUAUUAUGACAGUAAAUUUAAAAGUGCUUAAUGCUUCUUACCAAAUGCGAUUAAUCUCAUGCGAUUAAUCGCGAUUUAAAUUGGUACCAUUUGCCCAGCCCUAAAUUCUAUGUAAAUAACUUUUCCAUAGUUUUGCUUUUGAAAAUGUUUUUUAAAAAAAAAACUUAUUUACACUUAAAUAUCUUUGUCACCUUUAUUUAUUUAAAAUUUAACACCUCUCAUUAAAAAAAAAAAAAAAAAUUAAAAAUUAAAAAAAUUGAACAAUUUCAGAAAAAUCCCUGCUUUUUUCCAAGUAUGAUUGCUAAUAUUUUUGGUUUCCUAAAACGUGAAAAUCUUAAUAAUCUGUGAAUAUUUUGAUCUCAAAAUGUAAUGAACGAAUAAAAGCAUACCAAAAAAAUUCCGUCCCAAUAUGUCAAAGAAUAUAUGUAUUUUUUUGUCUAUUGAUAGAUAGACAGAUAGAUAGAUAGCUACAUAGCUAGAUAGAUAGACAGAGCUAGCGAUAGCGCGAUAGCUAUCGAUUUAGUUUUAUUACCAGUAAUACAGUAUCUAGCUCUCUAACCAGUUAGUUAGCUAUCUAGCUAGAUAGAUAGCUAGAUACAUAGAUAGAUAGCUAAAACUAGAUAGCUAUCUAUAUAGCAAUCAAUGCUUGCUGUCAUUAAAAAUAGCCACCUAGCUAGCUAGCUAUCGAUCAAGUUUUAAUAAUACAAUAUCUAGCUAUCUAGACAGAUAGAUUGAUAGCUAGAUAUAUCAAUAGCUAAAACUAGAUAGCUAGCGUAGAUUUUAUAGAACGAUAGAUAGCAAUCAUUAAAAAUAACCACGUAGCUAGCUAGGUAUCAAUCUAGUUUUAAUAACGCAUUACCUAGCCCUCUAACUAACUCUCUAUCUAUCUAGAUAGAUAGAUAGCUUAGUUAGCUAGCUAGCUAGCUAGCUAAAACUAGAUAGCUAUCUAUAUAGCUAUCAAUGCAUGCUAUCAUUAAAAAUAGCCACCCAGCUAGCUAGCUAUCAAUCUAGUUUUAAUAAUACAGUAUCUAGCGCUCUAACUAGCUAUCUAGACAGAUAGAUUGAUAGAUAGCUAGAUAUAGAGAUAGCUAAAACUAGAUACCUAGCGUAGAUUUUAUAGAAUGAUAGAUAGCAAUCAUUAAAAAUAGCCACGUAGCUAGCUAGGUAUCAAUCUAAUUUUAAGAACGCAUUACCUAGCUCUCUAACUAACUAACUAUCUAUCUAGCUAGAUAGAUAGAUAGCAAAAACUAGCUAGCUAGCUAGCUAUUUAUGCUAGAUAUAAUUAAAAAUAACCAGCUAGCUAGCUAUCGAUCUAAUAUUGAUAAUACAGUAUAUUGCUCUCGAACAAGCUCGCUAGCUUUCUAGCUAGAUAUAUUGAUCAAUAGCUAGAUGUGUAGCUAAAACUAGAUACCGUAUUGGCCCAAAUAUAAGACGGCCCGGAUCAUAAGACGACCCCCUCUUUUUCAAGACUCAAGUUUGAAAAAAUACUUUUUCAACACCAAAUUAAUUUUAUACAGAAAAUAAUUACAGUACAUCUGAAACAAAUGAUUAUAGAUAAAACAACAAAAUUGCAAUAACUGCAUUAACCAUCAAAGUGAAGUCUAACUGUAACUGUAGUCUUGAAACAAAUCUGAAUAAGGAAAAACAUUGCAAUAAAAUAAUGCAAACUGGUUAAACUUGAGAGUAGCUCAGAUCUGUCAUGACUCAUGACAGAACAUCGCUUCAAUGAUAUCUGGCGCCAUCUAGCUUCAGGAAUGGGUAUAACGUCUAGACCGCGAAUAUAAGACGACCCCCACUUUUUCAGUCUUAUUUCGAUGCAAACAAACACCGUCUCGUAUUCGGGCCAAUACGGUACUUAUCUAUCUAGCUAUCUAUGCUAGCUACCAUUAAAAAUAUACACCUAGCUAGGUAGCUAUCAAUCCAGUUUUAAUAAUACAGUAUCUAGCCCUUUAACUAUCUAGCCAGCUAUCUAGCUAGCUAGAUAGAUUGAUAGAUACUGUAGCUAGAAAUAUAGAUCGCUAAAACUAUAUCGCCAUCUAUUGAUUUAUGAAAUCUAUGCUAGCUAUCAUUAAAAAUAGCAACCUAGCUAGCUAGGUAUCAAUGUAGUUUUACUAACACAGUACCUAGCUCUCUAUCUGUCUGUCUGUCUACAUUACUGGCUAGCCUUGACACACACAAACCUUAAAAAAAAAAAAAACGAUUUCAGACAACAAUUAAAAAAUGAUUUCUAAAAUAUUUAGCUUCUUAAAAUUUGAAAAUCAUAAUCCCUCGACCUCUUGACCUUAAAUUAAAAAUACAAUAUUUAAAAAAAUAUAUAUAUAUAAAAAUAUAUAUUAAAUAAAACAACUAUUUGUACAAUAAAUACUUUACACCCACUCAAAAAAUGACCAAUUUAUUUAAAAAUCCUUGUUUUAAAAAAAUGAAUUUUUACUCAUUAACCACCAUCAUUAAAAAAAAUUUUAACGAAUUUACAAACUUUUUUUUAACUCAAACAUAAUCACUCAAUCGCUAUCAUCCCUCCCAGUCAACAUGGAUUGGACGACUAGCGCCGUCAAUGGCAGUCAGAGCUCAGAAUCACCAAUAUUCUAAACGUGCUAAUUCUCUUUAGCUAACCAAAACGUUGAGUCAUCAAACCCACAAAACAUUUGACUGAUUUACACACCAACCAACCAAUUAACUGACAUCCCAAAAGCGCCUCCACAUGGUUUCCCGGCGCUACCGCAACACUAGCAAAGCGCUCGCGCGUUGCGCGCCAAUGAGCCUUCGGCGCGGACACGCAAUCCACUCGGUUAAGCGAUUUUGUCGCAGUCCCGACAGCGUGGGGGCGCCGCUGCAAUUUCCACACCCUUAAUAAUCUAUUUUUAUUUUUUUAUUUUGCAUGUACGCUUCUUCUAUAACGGAAAACACGAGUGUGUCUAAAUACUUUGAAUGUAUACCAAGCGUUUGACCGGUGGCCGAGCCAUACGCAAGCGACGCGAAUGAUGCUAAAGCUAACCUCUGUCAGGAGGAUAAAAUUUUUGUUUGCAGAGCGGAAAAGGGACCGAGCGAUUCAAGUGAAGGAAGACGAGAGCGGAAAAUCCAGAGCAAAAAUGACCAAAGCCAUGGAAAUCUUGUCCGAAUAAUUCGGAUGCCAUUUUGGUUUUGCCUUUGGUUUUGUUUUUCUUCCCCCACAAAAACCAAAGCUAACCGAAAACGAAAUCUCGUAAGGAAUGUGUUAUUAUUUCUUUGUUUUUGUCUGCUUUGAUGUCAUUUUUUUGGCUAGUAGCACGGAAACGAUGCUAAAGGGUUAGCUGCAUUGCGUGCAUCCUUAGCAUCGUGCUAAAGAAUCAAAUCUUGUAAAGAAUGUUUUAAUUUUUUAGUUAGUUUUUUUCCUUCCUUCAUGUCAUGUAGCGUGUAGCACGGAAACAAUGCUAAUGGGUUAGCUACAUCGCGCGGGUCGAGAAGCAUCAUGGCAAACAUGCAAUUCUUGUAAAGAACAUUAUUUAAUUGGUUUUUGUCUGAUGACAUUUUUGGCUAAUAGUGUGUAGCACGGAAAAAAAUGCUAACGGGUUAGCUACAUUGCACUUCCUUCGCAUCGCGAUAAAGAAUCAAAUCUCUUAAAGAAUGUUUUUAAUCAUUUUGUUUGUUUUUUAUUCCCUGUCAUUUUUUUAAGCUAGUAGCGUGUAGCAUGGAAACAAUGCUAAAGGUUUAGCUACAUUGCGCGCGUCAAUCGGCAUCAUGACAAAGAAUUAAAUCUCGUAAUGAAUGUUUUUAUUUAUUUGGUUUGGUUUUUUUUUCAUCCCUGAUGUCAUUUUUUAGCUAUUAGCAUGUAGCACGGAAACAAUGCCAAUGGGUUAGCUACAUCGAGCAGGUCUAGAAGCAUCAUGGCCAGAAAAGAAUUCUUGGAAAGAACAUUAUUUGUUUUCGUCUGCUCUGAUGUCAUUUUUUUUGGCUAAUAGCCUGUAGCACGGAAACAAUGCUAAAAGGUUGGCUACAUUGAUCACGUCAAUCGGCAUCAUGACAAAGAAUCAAAUCUCGUAAUGAAUGUUUUUAUUUGUUUUUUUUUCAUCUCUAAUGUAAUUUUUAGCUAUUAGCAUGUAGCACGGAAACAAUGCUAAAGGGUUAGCUACAUCGCGUGGGUCAAGAAGCAUUAUGACAAAGAAUCAAAGCUCGUAAUUAAUGUUUUUUUUUUUUUUUUUUUUUUCAUCGCUAAUGUAAUUUUCUAGCUAGUAGAGUGUAGCACGGAAGCAAUGCUAAAGGGUUAGCUACAUCAUGGCAGACAAACAAAGCUUGUAGAGAGCAUACAGUGGGGCAAAUAAGUAUUUAGUCAACCACUAAUUGUGCAAGUUCUCUCACUUGAAGAUAUUAGAGAGGCCUGUAAUUGUCAACAUGGGUAAACCUCAACCAUGAGAGACAGAGUGUGGAAAAAACAACCAACUGAAAAUCACAUUGUUUGAUUUUUAAAGAAUUUAUUUCCAAAUUACAGUGGAAAGUAAGUAUUUGGUCACCUACAAACAAGCAAGAUUUUUGGCUGUCAAAGAGGUCUAACUUCUUCUAACGUGCUUGGUGUAAAGAAAUCAACUGUGGGAGCAAUUAUUAGAAAAUGGAAGACAUACAAGACCACUGAUAAGCUCCCUCGAUCUGGGGCUCCAUGCAAGAUCUCACCCCGUGGCGUCAAAAUGGUAACAAGAACGGUGAGCAAAAAUCCCAGAACCACACGGGGGGGACAUAGUGAAUGACCUACAGAGAGCUGGGACCACAGUAACAAAGGCUACUAUCAGUAACACAAUACGCCGCCAGGGACUCAAAUCCUGCACUGCCAGACGUGUCCCCCUGCUGAAGCCAGGCACGUCUCCGGUUCGCUAGAGAGCAUUUGGAUGAUCCAGAAGAGGACUGGGAGAAUGUGUUAUGGUCAGAUGAAACCAAAAUAGAACUUUUUGGUAGAAACACAGGUUCUCGUCUUUGGAGGAGAAAGAAUAUUGAAUUGCAUCCGAAGAACACCAUACCCACUGUGAAGCGUGGGGGUGGAAACAUCAUGCUUUGGGGCUGUUUUUCUGCAAAGGGACCAGGACGACUGAUGUGUGUAAAGGAAAGAAUGAAUGUGGCCAAGUAUCGAGAGAUUUUGAGUGAAAAUCUCCUUCCGUCAGCAAGGGCACUGAAGAUGAGAUGUGGCUGGGUCUUUCAGCAUGACAAUGAUCCCAAACACAAAGCCAGGGCAACAAAGGAGUGACUUCGUAAGAAGCAUUUCAAGGUCCUGGAGUGGCCUAGCCAGUCUCCAGAUCUCAACCUCGUACAAAAUCUGUGGAGGGAAUUGAAAGUCUGUGUUGCCGAACGACAGCCCAGAAAGAUCACUGCUCAAGAGGAGAUCUGCAUGAAGGAAUGGGCCAAAAUACCAGCAACAGUGUGUGAAAAGCUUGAGAAGAGUAACAGAAAACGUUUGGCCUCUGUUAUUGGCAACAAGGGGGACAUAAAAAAGUAUUGAGAUUAACUUUUGGUAUAGACCAAAUACUUGUUUUCCACCAUGAUUUGCAAAUACAUUCUUUAAAAGUCAAACAAUGUGAUUUUCUGUUUUUUUCUCUACAUUCUGUCUCUCAUGGUUGAGGUUUAUCAAUGUUGACAAUUACAGGCCUCUCUAAUAUCUUCAA